CGUGUGUCUUGCGCAUGCGCAGUGAGGCGUCUGGAGAGGAAGUGUGUGAAGCAGAGCUAACAUAAACAAACAUGUUGAAGUCAAAGACGUUCAUGAAGAAGACUCGUUCUGGAGGGGUGUUAAAGAUUGUUCGAGAACAUUACUUACGUGAUGACAUUACCUGUGGUUGCCAAGGUUGUGAUGAGUGUCAACAGGAGAGCCCUGUCUUACAGCUGGAGCCUGUUUUACAGAGUUCCCUUUGCUCAGCACCCCACUACCUGCUGCCGGAUACUAAUGUGCUGCUUCACCAGGUCGAUAUCCUUGAGGAUCCAGUUAUUCAGAAUGCUAUUUUGCUGCAGACUGUUCUUCAGGAAGUGAGGAGUCGUAGUGCACCCAUUUACAAAAGAGUUAAAGAUCUCAUUAGUAACCCUGAGAAGUAUUUUUAUACAUUCACCAAUGAACAUCAUAGAGAAACCUACAUAGAACAAGAGCAAGGAGAAAAUGCUAAUGAUCGAAAUGAUCGAGCUAUUCGAACUGCGGCAAAAUGGUACAAUAAGCACCUGAAAAAAUCAAAGAAUAUGCAAGACCUCCAGGUGAUUCUAAUAACAAAUGAUAGAAAAAACAAAGAAAAGGCAGUGGAAGAAGGCAUUGUGGCAUACACAUGUGAAGAGUACAUUAAAAGUUUGAUUGCCAAUCCUGAACUUGUUGACCGCCUUGCCUGCAUUUCUGAUGAAAAGAAUGAGGUGGAAAGUGAAAAGAUUCUUUUUACAGAGCACCUUCCUUUGUCAAAGUUGCAGCUAGGAAUUAAGUCUGGCAUUUAUAAGCAAGGGACGUUUAGGGCAAGUAGGGAUAACUACCUGGAAGCCACUGUUUGGGUGCAUGGAGAUUCUGUAGAGGAUAAAGAGAUCAUUUUGCAGGGGCUCAGAAACAUUAACCGAGCUAUUCAUGAAGAUGUUGUGGCUGUGCUGUUGUUGAAUAAGGAGGACUGGGUGGCACCAUCUUCUGUUGUCCUGCAGGAUGAUGGGGAAACUGAGGACAUUGAUUCUGUAGAUGAAAAAGAAAAAAUGCUACAAACGAAUGUGAAGAGCACACGAAAGCCAUCUGGAAAAGUGGUGGGAAUCAUAAAGAGGAACUGGAGACCAUUUUGUGGCAUGCUUUCCAAAUCCCAGAUUAAAGAGUCGACGAGACAUCUGUUCACACCAGCUGAUCGGAGGAUACCUCGUAUUCGCAUAGAGACCAGACAGGCAGCUACUUUGGAAGGGCAGAGGAUUAUUGUAGCCAUAGAUGGGUGGCCAAAAUACUCUCGAUAUCCUAAUGGUCACUUUGUAAAAAAUUUGGGAGCUGCUGGUGAUAAAGAAACGGAAACUGAGGUUUUGCUUCUGGAGCACGAUGUUCCUCAUCAGCCCUUCUCCCAGGCCGUUCUCAGCUACCUACCUAAGAUGCCGUGGUCCAUCAAGCCAGAGGACAUGAAACACAGAAUUGAUCUAAAACAUCUUUACGUGUGUAGUGUGGAUCCUCCAGGCUGUACUGACAUUGAUGAUGCAUUACAUUGUCGAGAACUGGAAAAUGGCAAUUUAGAAGUUGGCGUCCAUAUAGCUGACGUAAGUCAUUUCAUUCGGCCGGGAAAUGCCUUGGACCAGGAGUCAGGGAGCAGGGGAACCACUGUUUAUCUUUGUGAAAAGAGAAUUGAUAUGGUUCCAGAACUGCUAAGCUCAAAUUUAUGUUCAUUGAGAUCCGAAGUGGAAAGGCUGGCAUUUUCCUGCAUCUGGGAGCUGGAUCAGAAUGCUAACAUUCUAAACACAAAAUACACAAAAAGUGUUAUUAAUUCAAAAGCUUCUCUUACGUAUGCAGAAGCACAGAUGAGAAUUGAUUCCCCUAACAUGAAUGAUGAGAUAACAAAAAGUCUUCGCCUGCUGAAUAAAUUAGCUAAGAUUUUGAAGAAACGAAGAAUAGAUAAUGGUGCUUUGACUCUUUCUUCUCCGGAGGUUCGAUUUCAUAUGGACAGUGAAACCCAUGAUCCCAUAGAUCUGCAGACAAAGGAAUUGAAGGAAACCAAUUCGAUGGUGGAAGAAUUCAUGUUGCUUGCCAAUAUUUCUGUUGCACAAAAAAUUUAUGAUGAAUUUCCAGAAUAUGCUCUCCUCCGAAAGCAUCCUGCUCCUCCACCUGCAAAUUAUGAUAUUUUGGUGAAAGCUGCAAAGUCAAAGAAUCUGGAAAUUAAGACGGAUUCUGCAAAAGCUCUGGCUGACUCUUUAGACAAAGCUGAAUCUCCGGAAUUUCCUUAUCUGAACACUCUGCUGAGAAUACUGGCAACUCGGUGCAUGAUGCAGGCUGUGUACUUCUGCUCCGGGAUGGACAAUGAUUUCCACCACUAUGGUCUGGCAUCUCCUAUUUACACACAUUUCACCUCUCCCAUUAGAAGAUACGCUGAUGUCAUAGUACACAGACUUCUUGCUGCUGCUAUAGGAGCAGACUGCACUUAUCCUGAUCUUACAGACAAGCACAAAAUAGCAGACAUCUGCAAGAAUAUCAACUUUCGACAUAAAAUGGCUCAGUAUUCACAAAGAGCAUCUGUUGCUUUUCAUACUCAGUUGUUCUUCAAAAACAAAGGAAUUGUGAAUGAGGAAGGAUACAUCUUGUUUGUUCGAAAAAAUGCAAUAGUUGUGUUAAUUCCUAAGUUUGGUUUAGAAGGAACAGUAUUUUUUGAGGAAAAAGACAAACGAAAACCUAAACUAACUUAUAAUGAUGAGAUUCCUUCUUUAACAGUGGAAAACACAACUUUCUUCAUAUUUGACAAAGUCAAAGUCAGAAUUACUUUAGAUGCUUCUAAUAUGCAGCAUCAGAAGAUAAGAAUGGCACUUGUGGAACCUGAGAUACCUGGCUUCAAUUCCUCAACUGAAAAUCAUCACGCAUAUAAAAAUGAUGAACCCGUACCCAAGAAGAGCAAAACUGAAGAUUAGUACAUUGCAAACUGAUCAUACACUUUUGAAGAUUUUAGUGAAAAAUUAUGUUUUAACUGUUUUAUAGUUCCAUUUUAUAUCCCUAUUUUUCAAAUAUUAGCUAAGUUAGACAUAUCUGUUCUAUAUCUGCAACAUCCUGCCCCCAAAAUAUACUAAUAGACAAAAGCAUGUCUUCUGUGAUAAGUGAUGUGACGUAGAAAUGUUGUAUACAUAUUUGGAUAUUUUUUUAUUUUAGAUUAAAUAAAUGUCUAACUGGAUUUAUUAUUAAGCAAAGACAUUUCAACAUUUUGUAAAUGACUGAGUGUAUUUUGCAUAUGUGGGACUUUUGUAAAUUAAAUCAAUUUAAAUGUGAAA